AAAAAAUAGGAGAGACCCAAGAUGGCUGCGCCCAGAGCGGUCGCUCUUGCUGCUCUUGCCUCGUGAAGGAAGACCGGGGCCUCGUGUCAUGUCGAAGCUGAACCGGGCCAGCCGGGCCCUUCGGAGGCCGAACGUGGGUGGCGUGAUCCGCACCAUCGUGCGGGCCGGCCAGGCCAGGCCCGGGCCCCCUCUCGGCCCCAUCUUGGGUCAGCGAGGCGUUUCCAUCAACCAGUUCUGCACAGAGUUCAACGAGAAGACCAAGGACAUCAAAGAAGGCAUUCCUCUACCGACCAAGAUUUUUGUGAAGCCUGAUCGUACAUUUGAAAUCAAGAUCGGACAGCCCACUGUUUCCUACUUCCUGAAAGCGGCUGCUGGGAUUGAGAAGGGGGCCCGGAACACAGGGCGAGAGGUAGCUGGCCUGCUGAGCUUAAAGCACAUAUACGAAAUCGCUCGAGUCAAAGCCCAGGACGACGCCUUUGCCUUGCAGGAUGUGCCUCUGUCCUCGGUUGUGCGUCCCGUCCUUGGCUCUGCCCGUUCCCUGGGCAUCCGUGUAGUGAGGGACCUGAGUUCAGAAGAGCUGGAAGCCUUCCAGAAGGAGCGAGCUAUAUUUCUGGCUGCUCAGAAAGAAGCCGAUUUGGCAGCCAAGGAAGAAACUAACACCAGGAAGUGAGCCCCCAGCCUCCAAGCCUCAGGAUGGUGAAGGAAGCAGGUGAAGGACUGAGAGGAAGGACGGUCCCCCCCCCCCCCCCCCGCCUGCGA